GCCGACAGCCGCGGAGGUCGGACGUGUUGAGAGUUCGUCUGUGACACUCGGAGCUCUGACUCGCACCGUGAAGUGACAGUGACAGAAGGAAGAAAGAAAGAAAGAUUGAAGAAGAAGAAAAAAAAAUUAUAUGUUAAAAAAGAGAGAAUAAUAUGUGAUGUGAGAACUGACACUUCCAAGGACAUAUUAACAUUUGGACUCGAAUGCUUUCGGAUAAGCGAGACUGGAUGAGGAAGACUUAACGAGAAGAACGGCUUUGACAGGUCACGAUGGUCGAGGGCAGCGCCGGCGGCCGUCUGAGGGACAAAUUCCUCUUACGGCGCCACGUUAGGGGGACGGCGUGCCAAGCUGCGUCCUGUCGACCGCUCUCUUGAAGGUGGCUCUGAAGCGCGCGACGUGACAGGAACUCUGCGGGACUAGCCAGUGCGAUAUCCGUCGUUCCCUGUCGAGACCAAGGAGGAGAUAAGAACCUCGUGUUUCGUGAAGUUGUACUGUGGUAUCUAAAGACCAGCCUGUGCUUUGCCCGGAAGGCCUUGCGGAACCGGGGCUGAGAACCAACGCUGUGCCGUCGGGAUCCGAGGGAGGAGUGACGUGUCUUGUGAGUGAGUGCCGCCAGAAACCGCGUCAGAGGAAGGCCGUCCGGUCGGCCUCAGGGGCCAGGAGGGGCCUCGAGGGCCAGGUGGGGUGGCAUGAGAGCCAGGCGGCCCAGAUAAUAAUCCGCCGAGAUGCCCUCCGUGGCGAGCCCGAGCGAAGGGCCGCUGUACCUGGACCCUUUGGACGCCCUGGAUCCUCUGGAGCCGCUGGUGGGGCCGCUGGACGCGAUGGCCGAGGAGGACGGCGAGCGCGCCCAAGGCUCGACCAGCGCCGAGCCGCCCGCGCCGCCCAACCCGGAGCUGGUGAACGAAGUCAAGAACACGCUGUGGCGCCGCUACAUGGAGCAGUCGACCGUGUUCAACGCCACCAACGACGACGAGAAGGUGCUCAAAUGCUUCAACGAGUACGUCAACAUGGUGAUGGAGCCGGAGUUCGGGCCCGGCGCGUGCCCCGUCAAGUUCGACGGCGUUUCGUGCUGGCCGGAGACGCCCCCGGGCACGCUCAAGGCCAUCCCCUGCUUCGACGACUUCAACGGAGUGCCAUAUGAGCCCUCAGAAAACAACGCGACUCUUUACUGCUACCCGAACGGCACUUGGUCUCGCAUCUCGUUCUAUAACGACUGCCUCAACGUCGUUAUGAACAACACUGAAGAGAGUGUUUCUACGACCGUCAGCACGAGCCAGACCAUCUUCUACAUCGGCAAUUCGCUGAGUCUCGUGGCAGUCACAUUGGCUCUCUGGAUCUUCAUCUCUUUCAAAGACCUGAGAUGCCUGAGGAAUACCAUCCAUACCAACUUGCUCUUCACGUACCUGCUGCACAACCUCUUCUGGAUCGUGUAUGCUUCGGUGCAGACGUUGGUCAAUGAGAGCAUCGGCUGCACGUUCUUUGUGGCUCUAAGUUAUUUCAACUUAACUAACUUCAUGUGGAUGUUUGUGGAAGGACUUUACCUCUACAUGCUGGUGGUCAAAACUUUCUCUGUGGAAAACAUCAAACUACGAGUCUACACUUUAAUAGGAUGGGGUAUACCCGUCGCCAUUAUAAUAACUUGGGUCAUUCUCAAAUCAAACUUGACAGUCGCGCACACCGGUCCCGAACUAGGCAUGGAGAACAUAGACGUGGAGGGCCUCUUGAGAACUUGUCCUCUGAUGCCGGUCAGCCACGUCGACUGGAUUCAGAAAGUUCCCAUUCUCUUUUUCCUCUCCACCAAUUUCAUCUUCCUCAUGCGCAUAAUGUGGGUCCUCAUCACGAAGCUCCGUUCCGCCAACACGGUCGAGACGCAGCGCUACCGGAAGGCGACGAAGGCCCUGCUGGUGUUGAUUCCCCUCCUCGGCCUCACCUACAUGCUGCUCAUCGCCCUACCCCAGGAGCUCGAACACGUCAGGGCCAUCCUGCUGUCCACGCAGGGCUUCUGGGUCGCGGUGUUCUUCUGCUUCCUGAACAGCGAAGUGCAGAACAGCAUCCGACACCACAUUGAGAGAUGGAAAACAGAGCGAGGAAUAACAGACCCGAGAAAUCCCUCUAUUAGACUGAGCAGGGACGGCUCUCCGAGACCCAGGACGGUCUGUUCCAGUUACGGCAGACGACUCUUUGGCAGCAAGAGGGAGUCCCUUUGUUCCGAAGUGACCACAAUGACCACCUACGUCGCCAAUGGCUACAACCCCAACAACCAGCAGGCGGGGAACCAACUACAACCACAACCCCAGCAACUACAACCACCUCUCUCGCCCACUCCCGUCACCCAGCAGUCCGGCGUUCAGUUGCAACAGCAGCAGCAACAGCAGCCUCUCAAUCCUGUCAACAGUCAGACCGGCAUUCAGUUGCAAACUAGGAACCUCAAUGGAUCACACACCUCGAACUCCGGUCCUGUGGGUGGCGGAGAGCGAGGAGAAGGAGGAGGAGGAGGAGAUAAAGAAGGGGAAGGGCAAGGCGAGAAGAUCAUUAUCAAGGACUCGGUUUUGUAAGAAAAGGAGGAGAAGGAGGAGGAAGAGGAGAAAAAAGGAAGAAGAAUAUUGUAAACGUCCAGUGGAGGAAGGAGAGAAAGGGAGGUAGAUUAUAAGUGAAGGGGAAAAAAAUAUAUAUAAGAAAAAGGAAUAGUGAAAAGAAAAACAUGAGUAGAAAAUACGAACAGGGUAUUUUCAAUUUGCAAGGAAGUGCGUCCAUAUAAGAAUUCAUGAUAAUUACACCUAUACCAAGGCUUUAAUCCAGAAGCGGCUGCGAUGCAAGUCCCCUAAAGACAGCAAAAAUUAGAAUCAAAAGCUAAAACAAAAUCAGCAAGGCAACUCGAACAAAGAAAUCGACAUAGCAGUGACAGCAGGACUUCUAAAUAAAGAACGGACAUUAACCGGAACAUAGACAACAAAGUUCCCUAAACCACAGACAAAAAAAAAAGAAAGAAAAGAAAAAAAUGCGUGUAUUAAUCAAAUCGCAGAAACAACUCUCGCUCUCGAUAAGACCAUGUGACUAAAACGAGAGAGAGAAAAAGGAAAGCAAAGGUUCGAAUAUUAUUUUUCAAAGUGUAUGGAUUAUAAAGAAAACAAGUUAAACUCCACGUUCCUCGAGUCUGUAUUAGAUUCUCUUAUAAUGUGCUCUGAAUGUACUUAAAUGUCGACUCUGUUGUGACAAAUAUCCAUUUCUUUCCAUAUCUAUUUUGAGUCUAUUAAAAAGAACUAUGAUGUGUCUUUAUAUGUAUGUAUAUGUCUGCAGAUUCAUAUGCAUCAAAGAUAAAAGAUAAAGAUAGAAAAGAAACAACAUAAAAGAGAGAUCUUAUGAUAUAUAUUCAUGUGCUUAAAAAAAAAUAGAUGACCCGCUCAGUUUUACACGAAGAAUCUUUUUCCGAAAACAUAAUAUACUUAAAGUUAGGAAAGACGUUACUUUGAGAUUCAGAAUCUUUAGAAGGGAAGAGUAUAGGAAAAAUGAGAAAAGAUAC